UAUGGGGUGCAGAGGGAAGGAACAUCCUUAUAAUGGCCCAUGAGCACUGACAGGAAAUCUCAGCUCAGUUUACAAAGGCUAGUGUUUGUCCUCUCCACAUCAAGGGAGGGGCGGACUGAGUAAUAAACUUACACUGCUCAGGCUUCUGACCCGGGCAAGCUGGUACAGUUCUGGGGAGCUGCGGGGGAGGAAUUGGCUGGAGCCUCUCUCUUGUUGGUUCAUGAGUGGCUGGGAGAAGCAUUCAUGUAACUCAGGUGGGUGUGUCCCUGCCUGUGGAUGGCUGUAUAAAAAUUUUUGACACCAAGAUGGGAAAACAGAACAGCAAACUACGUCCUGAGGUCAUGCAAGAUUUGCUAGAAAGUACAGACUUUACAGAACAUGAGAUCCAGGAGUGGUACAAAGGCUUCUUGAGAGACUGUCCAAGUGGACAUUUAUCUAUGGAGGAGUUUAAGAAAAUAUAUGGGAACUUUUUUCCUUAUGGGGACGCUUCUAAAUUUGCGGAACACGUGUUCCGCACUUUCGAUGCUAACGGCGAUGGAACAAUAGACUUUAGAGAAUUUAUCAUAGCCUUGAGUGUAACAUCUAGAGGUAAACUGGAGCAAAAGCUGAAGUGGGCAUUCAGCAUGUAUGAUCUGGAUGGAAAUGGAUACAUCAGUAAGUCAGAAAUGCUGGAGAUAGUGCAGGCAAUCUAUAAGAUGGUUUCUUCAGUAAUGAAGAUGCCAGAAGAUGAGUCAACACCAGAGAAAAGGACAGAGAAAAUCUUCCGUCAGAUGGACACCAAUCGAGAUGGCAAACUCUCUCUGGAAGAGUUCAUCCGAGGGGCCAAGAGUGAUCCAUCCAUAGUCCGUCUCCUUCAGUGUGAUCCUAGCAGUGCAGGGCAAUUCUAAAACAGUUCUUUGGAUGAAUUGUGUAUCUGCUUUUUGUUUUGUUUCUUUGCCAAACAACAUUCAUGGUGGUGUUGCCUCUAUAUGACCAAUUAUGCCUUCUUUUGUGGCAUCUUUUA